UAUCACUAAUAUUUCAAAGUAUAUUUACACAAGUAUAUUUACAGUUAAAAUAAUGCAUAAUUACUUAUAAAUCACUCAAAUGAUAACGUGCUACUCAUCCGAUCGCCGCUAUUGUAGCGCUAUCCUUUUCCCACUUAAGCACAUAGACGGAGAACAACUCUGUCGUGCAUUUUCGUGGGCAGUCAUUGAAACAUCCGUUCAAUGGCUGGAGCGCAAGAGAAAUGGUAUUUUACAAAAGAUCAACUACAGAAUUCACCAAGCAGAAAAUGCGGUUUAGAUGCAGAUAAAGAGUUAGCAUAUCGGCAGCAGGCCGCUAAUCUAAUCCAGGAUAUGGGCCAACGGCUUCAAGUUUCACAGUUAUGUAUCAACACAGCCAUAGUGUACAUGCACAGGUUCUAUGCGUUCCACUCCUUCACACAGUUCCACAGGAACGCGAUAGCAGCUGCUGCUCUAUUCCUCGCCGCAAAGGUGGAAGAGCAACCAAGGAAAUUAGAAUAUGUUAUAAAAGUUGCCCACGUAUGCCUCCACAGAGGUGAGGGUGUGAACGCACUCACUUCGGAACAGUAUCAAGAACAGGCUCAAGAUUUAGUAUUCAACGAGAAUGUUCUACUACAAACUUUAGGGUUCGAUGUGGCAAUCGAUCACCCGCACACACAUGUCGUACGAACAUGUCACCUUGUAAAAGCGCCCAAGGACCUAGCCCAGACGUCGUAUUUCAUGGCAUCCAAUAGUUUGCACCUGACAACGAUGUGUCUGCAGUACAGGCCGACCGUUGUGGCGUGUUUUUGUAUACAUUUGGCCUCUAAAUGGAGCAAUUGGCAGAUACCGCAGUCGCACGAAGGCCGCCACUGGUUCUCGUACGUAGACCGGACAGUCACCACCGACCUGCUUGAGAAGCUGACCGCAGAGUUCCUACACAUCUUCGAUAAAUGUCCCUCAAGGCUGAAGAAGAAGAUGAUGACCAUGUCCAAUACCAGUGGCAGUUCUCCGAGCGCGCCGCAUCCGUCAAACGCGGGGGCGGUCAAUUCACCGUUCGACAGGAAGAAGGAGCACUCCCUGGCCAACAGCGAUGAGAUCGAGAAAUCAUUCGACAAAGAAUACGAACGGGAAAGACGCCGUCAACUACCACCAGGUGGCUAUGUGCCAGCUACCACCCAGCAAGCACCACCACAGAAAAUCGACUACAAUCUUUACAGAGAGAAACGUGAGAGAGAAGAGAGAGAGAGGCGGCAAGCCAUGCAGAGACCAAAUCCCAACCCCACCACCUCCCGACCCAAUCCGUCAUCAACCCACAACCACCAUAGACCAUCGAAUAGCCAGCACAAACCUCAUCAUAAUAAUUGGCCGCACAAACCACCCCAUCACAAACCUGUUGACAGGCAUCGAGUACCGGCACCACAAAGUGUGCCCGUCAAUCCCCCAAGCCAAGCCCAACAGAACCCCCCUAAUCAAAUCAAUCCUGCAAGUCAACCAAACCCACCCCAGGAAGUUCCCCAACGGACGAGGCCACCGUCCUUAUUUUCACCAGAAAAUGCAACACCGGCUGUUGCAGCGGCACAACCAAGAAGGCCACAACCGCCAAAACCAAAACCCGAAAGACCAAUCCCGCCUCCCACAGAAAGGCCGCAAAGUCCCAAAAAGAGGCCCGAUCCAGCUACAGCUGUCAGAGAAAUGCAGCCACCUGCUAUUCUCUCGCCUUUCUCAUCACCAAAAGAUCCCAAACCCAGACAACGGCUGCCUUCAAAUUCCGAACCCGAAUUAGUUCCUGUCAUGAAAAAAAUUGACGAAACCCCCGGUUACGAAAAUGUCGUUAGAGAUUCACAACGAGGUACCUCAAUAAAGGCCCGACCGCCCGAACCUAAAAAACCCGUACCCGAAACUAGGCCCUUGAAUGGCAUAGAAACAGACCCUACCUUAGUAUCUAAUUUAUUAAAAGAAAGCCUUGCCAAGCCGGCGCCAAUUACCGUAGCAACGGAAAAGAAGUCGCCAAUAGAAAUUAGGAAAGAACCCCAAAAUGAUCCGCCCCCUCUUCAACCCGAACCCCCGCCAAAUCCCCCCCAAACAGAAGACCCCCAUAAACACAAGAAAGAAAAGAAGAAAAAAGACAAACACAAACACAAGGACCGCGACAAAUCGAAGGACGAAAAGAAGAAACAUAAGAAAGAUAAAGACAAGAAGAAAGAUAGUCCAACCGAGACGGAUGGGCUCAAGAUAACUAUACCCAGGGAUAAGUUGUCCAGUCCAGGGUUGAAGAUAAAGAUACCGAAGGAUAGAUUGGCGGCGCCGCCCCCGCCGCCUCAGGGCUCCGGUCUCAAGAUCAAGAUAUCAAAGGAAGUCAUCGAAACGUCCCGGAAGAGGAUCAACUUGGAGAACGGGCCGCCUCCGAAGGUCCAGAGGCACGAAGCACCAAAGGUCGCCGAUACACUCGGGAACGGACAUCUGGGCAAGUGACGUCAGCGCGACAGAGAUAGCGCUACGUGUGUCGACGUUCCUCACCAACCAAUGGACCUCACUAGUGUAGUGUAACGGUUUUUAUUUUAAAUUUCGUACGCCAAGGCUACGGAACGCUUCGUUUCGUCUCGCCGUUCGCGCUUGGGCAUUUUUUGUCUCUACGGAUAAUUUCAUCACUGGCAUUUAUUUCGUGUUCGAUUUUUGUACAAAUUUAAAGUAGGUUCUCCUUUUGUUUUUAAUUUUUCAUUGUAUAAUACUUUUAUAAUACGUUUGUUUGAAUACCUCAUAGUUUGGAAGUGAUGAAUCUUGUCCGAAAUGUAAAUAUUAUUAUAACAUGAAAACAUUGAUUGUAUGACAAAUUAACAGUUGUAUAUAAAAAUUAAUUAAUCACACUUUAACAGCGGUGCGUUAAGUUCUUUUCUUUUUAAUAUUAUCGUGAGCUGGGGAGUAUAUGCCGUGAUGUGGCAACACUAGAUACAGAUGAUGUCACUCUAGUUUUAAUAAUUAUUUCUGUAUAAAACAAAAGACUAAUGUAGAAAUAUUAUAAUACAGUGUUAUAAUCAGUUCCUUCAUUGUUAACCCUGAACCUUUGAAGAAGUUUAAUUCUAUGUUCUACCGGUGUUGCCACCAUCACGCUUGGCUUUAAUCGACAAUAUUGUGUGGUUAAGGAUUCAUGCUGUAGCCAAAAUUUUUGGCUGAUGAAUUUAUAUAUUAAGUAGUCCAAUAUUAUGACUGAUUGAGAAGCAGGCCUGCUUUGCUACGAACACAUUGGGUCUUGCAAAUAAUAAUUUCAAACUGGGCUUAAGCCAAGUUAAGCUUUGUCACACUCCUAGAAAGUUGACUUGGCAAUAAAAAAAAAUGUAAAAAAUGGAUUAGCUUAAACCUAGUUUUAAUUCUUUAUUUGUAUGGAAGUGAGUGUGACGUUAGUGAUAUAGUGAAAUUCUAAAAUAGUAUUAAGUUCCGUUUACGAGCAAUAAGUACUACACAAUGUUCCUCGACUUAUUAUUAUACAUUGAUUAAUAAGAAUAUUAGUUAGAAGUUAGCUUAACGAAUUGGAGACUUGACGAAUUGAAUUGUGUUAUUUUUUUUAAGCUACCCGCUCUUAUGUUUAUUCUGAGGGUAGAUGUUAAAUACGUAAUGACUUUUUUAUAUUCCAUUGUGUAGUCAAACAAUAUAAUUUGACAUAGGUGUUUUAAAUUUCUAAACCAAGGAAUACUCGCCUCGUCAAUUUAAUAUUGUGUAGUUUUAACAGGAGGUCACCAUUGGACGUACCUCUAAUUAUGAGCAAAUGGAUAAAAGUUUUUUAUGUACAAAAAAAAAUAGAAAAGAAGACGACAGUGGUUAUCCGACAAAAGCUUUAAAAACAAAUUUGAACAUAUUUUUUCAAACUAACAAUUAUUCGAUAAUUAUUAAACACAAUUUGAUGUGUUUGAAAUUCGCCACAGUUUUUGUUAUUUUUUUAUAAGAUACAAACACUAGAUCAACUUUACUGUGAAGGGACAUCAUGUUCCUUUCUCCCACCAACUACAUACAAUAAAUAUCUGUAUACAGGUUGUAUAAAUAUGUUUCUUUUAUUUUAUUUCCUUUCGGUUUGCGGGUAGUUUAAUAUUAUUUUGAUCCUCAAAUUGCUUAUAAAUACAAGGAAUAUAUAACAAUAGUUACCUUUCGAUUCAGCUGUAUAUUUGUUGCACUUUUAAUAAUGAGAGUUUUAAGAAGUGAUUAUUAUAAUAAGUACUUAAUUAAUUCUAGUCGUAAUUAUUUCAUGAUUGCCACAGAUUGCCUUCAAAGUAGUAUAUAUAUACAAAACGAAUUCUAUAUUAUUGCUCAAAACAUUUAUCAUUAAUUAAGCUUUCUUUCACAUACAAAUAUACUCAUAGAAAAAUCAGUGAAUGUAAAAUAUCAAACAGGACACAUUAAAAAAUAUCUCGCAUAUAAAUAGUUAUUGUACAAGCGUAUUCAGACAGAAAGGUGGGAAUGAGUCAAAUACGUUAAUAUCCCAGGAGAUGUCGCUGCUGGAUUUAUAUCUUCCAAGUGAGAAUUAAAUAAAGUAUUAUUUGGAACAAUUUGUCAAAACUAAUCCGUACAAGUUAAAACGAUGAUAGCUGCAAAAGUAAAAUCUGCACCGCAGCUAACAGCGACCUACUCCGGAUUCUAAAACGAAUCUUGUUCCAUGCACAAAGAUCUAAAUAGAUUAUACAGAGAAAUGUGAAAUGCUGGCUAAAUAUUCCAAUAAACCAUCCUUCAAUCCAUCAACAAGCCUGGUUAAAAAAAAUUGGCAGUUGUAAAGACUUAUCGAUAGAAGUGAAAUCUUAGAACUAUCAGGCAGUAUCAAAAUGAUCUGACAGAUCUACGAGGAUAUUUUGUGUAUCAAGACUGCGCGUUGUAUGCGUUUGUGCAUAUUAAUUCUAUCGGUUUUAUUAUCACAUGAAAAAGUGCGUCACGAAUAGUCUGUCGUCUGCAAUAAACCUUAAUACAAGAUGGCCGAUGCCGCAAAAUGGCGGACUAUUUUGUCACUACCCUCUCAAAUCUCAAUCAUAUUGGCAUCGAAUAGAUAGGGUUUGAUUAGUAGAAUACAGUACAUAUCGUAUGAAUUAAAAAAUAAAAUAGACAACGGUCUAAUUGAAAAAUGUAACGUAAUAUUAUUGACUGUUCAUUGAAAUUUCACGCGCCCUAGAUUGAUGAGAGCGCCAUUUAAAUUUUAAAUGCGCCCGAACAAUACUAGUUUGAGUUCUAAUUUUGAAAUAUGUCAUUGAAUCAGUAGGCAUGUUUCAUCGCUGGCUGGUUCUCAUAUAAUACAAUAAAUGAAGAUUUAAAAAAACUUUUAAUUAUACGUUUAUUUCUGUAAAGUAUCCUCGGUUUAAAUAUUAUGUUAAGUACUUAGAUUUGUAACAGAUGUUAUUUACUUAAUAAAAGUAAACUUAUAAACAUACGUUCGGUGUCAAUGCCGUAGAUAUUUGGUAGUAUUAAUUCACUGAUCAAAAAUAUAAACGUUAUUUAAAAAUAUACAUACUUAUAAGACUGAUCAUAUUUUGAAAGAAUAGCUCAAAUGACAAGAAACUUUUAAAAAAAAUCACAAUUAUAAAAUGACAGAAAUUUCAGUAAAGAUUAAACCAGUAAACACACCGUAUUGGUAAAAUAUUUAAGGCCAAUUAAUUUAAUCCAACAUUUUAGACAAAAGCCACAGUUAGGUAUCCGUAGCCCAAAAUUAAUUUGGUAAUGUUAAAAUCUCACUGUAUUCUGUACUGAUUAGUGAUUACGAGAUUAUUUGGGAUGUAAGUGUUGCAGAUAUUGCCAUGCCAUAAACUACGUAAAAUAUUAACGAAAAUAAGGCAAUAGCUUACAAUAUAGUAGCUUAGAAUAGCAGUUGUAAUUUUUUGAUUUUUGACUACUUUCAAUAUAUUCCAAACUCAUCAAUACAAACAGAAUAAAAAUUUGGUAUAUUGUAAGCAUAAAUAUAUAUCAAGUUUAUUUAAUAUAAAGUAACAGUUCUUAUGACUAAUUAAGUUAAGGUAUAAAUAAAAAAAUGAUAUAAAAAGAAUUGUAGUAUUAAGAUUUGUGAACAAAUACUUAAGUUAAUGUGUAAAUAGUUUAUUAGUAUCUGUCACAUACGAUAGAAUGUCGAUUAUAUGCCUUAAUCUGCUAUUCGAUUUCGAACCAUAUCGUACUCAUAAAGUAAAAUUAAACCAUUUUUAAGUAGACAGUAUUUAAAAUAAUGUUUUCGUAGUUUUAAAACAAUCGCCAGAUUGCUUCCUUCAAGUUACAAAAAUUAUAAAUAUUAUGUAAGUAUAUUAAAUUGUAUCUUUAUAGAAAGCAGACAUUUAUUACUAAUAUACUAUAUACAGGUGCAUUUUCAAUGUGUGAUCAAUUUAUUUAUUGAAUUGUAAAAAUACAAGCGCUUGCUUAUAGGUAAAUAGGUACACUUGCGCAGUGACAUUAAGUGAAUAUAACAUUAGCUUCAUUUAUAAGGCUUCUCAGAUUCUAAAAUUAUAUUUCUGUCGCGCAAGACAAAAAUCACUGAUUAGAUCAUUAGAACAAAGCUCCGACUAAAAAUUAUAAGUAAAACACAGUUUUUUGACAAAAAUCACCGUUUAAAGUGUUGCCAUCUAAGUUUUGGGAAACUGAAUGGAAAGGAAUUAUUCUGUUGCCGGAUUAUCAUACUACGUUUCUGUUUCUCAUAUAUAUUAUUAAGCCGGCUUAAGCACUGUUUGAAGUACUCUAGCACUUACGAAAAUAGCAAAACAGAGACUAGAGAGAUACAUAACAAUGAUAUUGAGAUCUAAUUUUAAAAUAAUAUUGAUCUAGGGUUAAAAAUUAAUGAGAAAAAAGUUACACAAAUAAAAUAUGAAAAAAAUAUUUUUAUGAGCGUUGCGGGACGCGAACCCGAGACCUCUCGCGUUGCCUGCGAGCGCACUUCCGUUCGAGUGACGUAUCGUUGAUAAAAUCUUGUAUGCUUUGUUCAACUCUCAGGUUGUGGCUUCAUCUACAGUAAGUAUCUACUUUACAGUUGAUAACCUGCUCAACCCAAUAUUUGUAACUUGACUUGAGAUGUCGCUCUUGCAAAUCUAAACAAUUUUUUAUGUUUUUAAAGUGAUAACCCUCACUUGUGGGAUUAAUUUCCCAAAAAUUUUUAUGAACGAUACGGGACUGUCAGGCCAAAUAUCCAUGUAAUUAUGACGAAGGACGGCUUAAGAAAGUUAACGAACUAGGAAAAGUGAAAAAGUAUGUGUGGCAAGGCUUCACACGCUGCACGCGUCGGUCACUACUCGUCGGUGCUGUGUGACGUCAUCAGAAUGGACCUAAUGACUAUGAUGGCGGCGUGUUCCUGUUUCAACAUUUCUGUUCGAAAUUGAAAUAAAUAUUAAAAAAUCUUUUUGAUGCAUUUGGGUACUUCGACCACAUAAACUGUUAUCAAUAUUCACGUAAAUAAAUACCAUUUUUUCCACUGAAUUAACAAAUUCAUAACUCUAGAAGUAAAUAGAUUAAUUUAACUUUAAGAAUGUGAGGAGAAUGACCGAAAUAUUAAUAGAAUUAAGUUUUGAUACUAUGUGGUCGUCUGUUUAGUCUUAGUGACCUUUAUUGACUUGUAGCGAAGCGGGCCUGUAGCUAUAGCUUUCAACGGAUAACACCAUAAUAUUAUAUAUAUAUAUAUACUUCUAAUAUAGCGUUAUGUAUGCCUCGCUAUGUUCACAGAGAAAUCAAUUCAUGCAGGGCAAAAAUAUUUUCGUAAUCGGAUGUUUUAACUAUAUUGUAUCGUCUUUAUAUAAGCACGUUAUAAUGGCCAUUUUCAAAUGUUAUAAUACAUAGUAUAAUAAAUAACUUUACAAUAUUAUCACAAAUUAAUAUAAGUAGGUAGAAGUAGUGAAAUAAAACAUAUAUUUACUCAACAGAAAAAAUGUAUCCGAAUAUUAGAAAAUAUUCAGUAGAUGGAUUCAUGUAGACCAUAUUUUAUUAAACACAAAAUUUUAACUUACUUCAAUUUACAUCCUAGAAGCAUGUAAAUUUGUUAAAAAACAUUCGGACUUAUGCUCAUCACUACCAAAUAACAAGCGAAAUAAUAGAACUGUAAACAUUAAAAAUUCCCCAAACAAGUAUGUCAUUAGUGUCAUCGAGCCCUCACCACAUGGCAAUAAAAAUUUAUAAUCACAUCCUAAACGAUAUUAAAAAUAAAGAGAAGCCUUCCCUAUUUAAAAGACAUCUUAAAAUUUUCUUAGUUUCUAAAUGCUUCUACGAUUUACCUGAAUUUUUUAAUUACACUAAGUGUGAGAAUUAGUUAUAAUAUGGUCUGUAUUAUUAAUAUCAUAAGAAUGUAUUAGACUUAUUUAUUUUACGUAUAACAUUGCUGUGCCCUUGCAGGGCGUCACAUAUUGUCUACCCAUUAAUAUACCUACCACCCUACUUUAAAAUGUGACAUGCAAUAAAAUAUUUUGAUUUGAUUUGAAGUUCGCGAUGGUAUGACAUCAAGUUAAAAUUUUUUUUUUUUUUUUUUAAAUACGUAGGUAGUAGUUAAGGUUGGGUUGAUUUCAUUGGGUAAUUUGAUAUACCUACAUUAUACAAUAAUUGCCGUUCAUUGUUCAUUGCAAAUGGUAAGGGCACUAAUAAUUUCUUGUGGUGUUUUUCUGUAUCCCUGAAAUGCUUAAGGGAAACGCAAGAAGUCUAUCCAACAUGAGUACACCUAUAUAAGGGCUUAUUGCAGUCCAGGGACACGUGGAUAGAAAGAUCUUCUCAUUGUUUCCUUUUGUAAUUUAUAUCUCGCAGUUGCUGUGUGUGUAAGUCACAUUAAAUAAAUAAAAUAUUUUAUUGUCUCCUUUUUACCUACUGUGAAAAUUCCUACUACCUACACGUGAUUGCAAUCAGUUACGGAACAACGGUUACCCUUUAGUAAGGGCCCACAAACUAACAGUCCGACCCUAUUAUUCGAUAUAUUAGCAAAGUUGGUACAUUAGCAUAUCGAUAUUGAAAUAGUGCCAAUUUAUUUGCAAAAUUUAAGAAUAUACAAGCCAGUAUAAUGCGUUUGUUCCUUUAUUGCAAUAUUUAUUAUAGGUAUUGUGAACUGAAUGAUUAGUUGGAACUUAGCGAGGUUUACAUAAGCACUAGGUUUUGAAAUCGGCCCAGUUGUUUACUUGUGAUAACUAACUUACUCGAAUGUAUCAAGGUUGUAAUCUUACCUAUAUUGUUGAAUUCCCCUCGAAGGUACAUCAGUUGAUCGGCAUUUUGUACAUAUUAUUAUAGGCUUCAAUUAAUAUUAUCAUUGAUUUUUUUUAGUAAUAGAUUAAGAAUUUGUAGGUAAUUUUUUAUGACAAGGGACGUGACGGGUAGGACGUUCAGUUGAUGGUAGUUGAUACGCCCUGUCCAUUAUAAUGCAAUGCCGCUCAGGAUUCUUGAAAAACCCGAAAAUUCUGAGCAGCACUACAUUUGCGCUCGUCACCUUAAUACGGAAGCGAACGUGAAUAUGCGCUACUUUUAAAAAUAUUUUAUGUAUAUGUCGCAAACUACUAACCAAAUUGUCGCAAACUACUAACCAAAUUAACCAUUAUUUAAUUUAUUAUAGGAAUAAUUAUUACUUGAAAAUAUUUUGCAUUAAUAAAAAAAAUUAUAAAUUAUAAUAUAAAAUACUAACUAAAUUCACGGGAUGUCUCUCUUAUUUAUAUCUUUACCACACCCGCAUGGUGUUAAUGAGACAAUGAGUGUGCAAGCGACACUAUUUCUAAUAAAACCGCGAACAGUCGAUCGAAUGCAAUUGUCAUACACAUAACACAAAUCUACUUACCCGUUAUAGUAAGUUUCGUCGAUUAGAUAUAUUAAUUACAAAUACGCGGUCGCGUGGUAGGAAUAUGGUCUAUAUUUCUACCACGCGUUGGAACGGUACUUUUAAUUGGUGAUUUUUGAAGUGUAUGCCUAGACAUGACGUCACUAAAAUGGAGGCUAUGUCAACGCGUGAAGCUUAUAAUAGAUAAAUAACUAAAAGAAUCUUAGCGCAUAUUGUAAUAUUUCAAUAUGUGCGCAUGCCGUUUGAAUGAGGCUUUAUAAUGUAUACCCACCGUUCAGCUAAUGUACCAGAGGCAUGUGAAAUAUUCUGGAAAUACUUUAUUUUUGCUUAAAUUGUGGUCACGAUCGUAGUGCGUUGACCUGACGAUGUUGACCAAAAAUUUGUUCGAUAUAAAAAGCAAUAAAAAAUUUAAAACUGA